AUGAUACUUGCUGAGUACAUGGGAUUGGUUGUACCCAUACUACAUUCUGCACUUAAUUGUGGAGAUCCAGGUAUUGGAUCGAGUCGUGUCUGGCUGAGAGGUGUUGUUGUGAGCACUUUGAAGAAACGAGACUUGUACUUCUGUUUAGAGCUCCUGACACUAUAUUUAUCAGUUCUGGGGAGUAUUUUCAAUGUAUCCUGCAAAGGCGAACAGUAUGACCGUAUCGCCGCCGUUUGGCUUGACGGUGCUGAACUUCUCCGUACCAGCACUGCUGAGCCCACCGAUGAUGGAAUUUUCUGGACCGUUAAUAAAGACGUCACCAAGUACACUUCUAUUCUUUUAAAGGACGAUAUUACCCUUUCUGUCAUGCUCGAAAAUUUAGUUAAUGAAAUUUUUACUGGGGUUUAUCAUGUUAAUCUUACUUUUUUAUACUAUGAUAUUAAGAAUGUUACCGGGCUUGAAUUGGGUAAUUAUGUUGAUAAUAAUCAUAUUUCAAUGGAAGUUAACAAACUGAGAAAUUCGUUGGAUUUAUAUGAAAAACCGGCUGAUUUGAUAAUUCCCAUAUCGGGGAAUGGAGAUAAUGGAUUUUGGUUUAGAAUUGAGAGUGAAUCAGAAUUACAUGGGCAGAGAGUUGUGAUUCCAAAGAAUACUUACAAAGCUGUGAUGGAAAUUUAUGUAUCGUUUCACGGAGAUGAUGAGUUUUGGUACUCAAAUCCGCCGGAUUCAUAUCUAAAGAUGAAUAAUUUGACCACAAAAAGAGGCCAUGGAGCAUAUAGGGAAGUUCUGUUAAAGAUAGAUGAGAAUUUGGUAGGAUCUUUGAUUCCAUUCCCGGUGAUUUUCACAGGAGGAAUUAAUCCUUUGUUCUGGGAACCAGUUGUUUCAAUUGGUGCCUUUGAUCUUCCUUCUUAUGAUAUUGAUUUAACGCCGUUUUUGGAGCUGCUGCUUGAUGGUAAAGAUCAUUUUUUUGAUCUUGGGGUGGCGGAUAGUAUCCCAUUUUGGCUCGUGGAUGGGAAUUUGCAUUUAUGGUUAGAUGAUUGUAAAUCUCCAUGCGAAGUUCAGGCUGAGGUUCUUGAUUAUGGUGCUCCUAAGUUUAACAUCGAGAGAUCUUCGAGUUUUCAUGGACUUGAUGGGUCGUGUGAGAUUGAGAUGAGGAGGAAGAGCAAGUUUUCAGGGUGGGUGAAUUCAACUUCAGGAAAUUUAACUACAAUAGUUUCGAGAGAAGUGAAGUUCAAGAAUGAGAUAAAGUUCUAUCACAAUGGUACUGAAAAAAGGGUAAGGCAGAAUGUGAGAGAAGAGAGCAUAGUAAGAGUAGUGUCUGAUACGGGUAUCACGAUUUCUAGGACCACUGUAAAGAAGAUAUAUCCACUUAGUAUGACCACUAAGAAUUUGCCUUCAACAGAGAAUGAUACAAGCUUGAUGCUUACUGAUUUAGAUCAUGAAUGGAGGGAUAGGAAGUCCAUUGGAGAUUUAUCAAUCUCUUUGACGAAUCGGCAGAUAUGCAGUGGGUGGAUGGUUGUUCAAGAUCAUGAUGUUCUAUCUGGUGGAGCCACCACUCAACAAACUUAUUCUUACAGGGAUAAUGUUGGUUGCUAUUCUAGGUCCGUUUCAGCUGCUAAUGGCACGCUUAUGAGUGACACUGCAAGCAGUGUUUGUGCAGCUUUCUUGUAG